AUGCUGCCCGUUUUUCUUUUUGCCUCUAUGGCUAUCUUGGGAGUUACCACUAUGAUGGGAAUUUUUACAAACUCUAUAAUUGUAGUCGUAAAUAUUGUUGACAAGGUAAAGGGAAAAAGUUUUAAUCCAUCAGACCUCAUUCUUGUCACACUUGGCCUAUCCAAUAUCACUUUCCAGUUCACAAUGACUGCAAAUGACUUCUUGAUCAUUUUGUCGAGUGACUUAUAUUUCUCAUCUGCAAUUUAUGCUACUUUCAAAGUUUUGCUGUUUUCAACCAUUUUUGCCAGUUUUUGGUUUACUGUUUGCCUUUGUGUCUACUACUGCUUGCAGAUUGUCAUAUUUACCCACCCCAUUCUUGUGCGUCUCAAACUUGCACUCUCUCGACUUGUACCAUAUUUUCUUGCAGCUUCUGUCUUUAUUUCUGUGGUUAUCAGUACUCCUGGAAUAUGGAGUACAAACAGUGACCCCCCCAUUUCAAAUUUAACAAGCAAUCAGAGUUUGGAAAUUGAGGUACCCAAGCUGAGCCUUGUAUACCUGUUUUCCAGUAAUAUUAUUGGAUGUUCACUUCCACUGGUGCUAGUUGGGAUUUCCAAUUGUCUAAUCCUUAAGUCACUCAUAAGGAAGCGCGCCAUGCUAGAAAAAAACAAGAGUGAUGCCCAUAGCCCACGAACUGAGGCCAGAGAGCGAGCAGCAAGGACCGCUGGUUGCCUAUUAUUACUUUACAUGACCUUCUAUAUCUCUGAGAUCUUUAUGUUUGUUGAUUUUUUCCCACCCAGUAGCCCUGGAUUUUGUACCUGCUUAAUGAUUAUUUAUGGUUACCCACCUACACAGUCGGUCAUUCUAAUAUUUGGCAGCCCCAAACUAAAGAAAGCAUUGCUGAACCUUCUCCGUCUUCCAAAGAAAUGCAAUGAGUCAAAAAAAACAACCAAGAUUCUUUUCAUUAAUUUUUGA